UCCAACCGCUUCAUCUGAAUCAAACCAAACUUACCAAACCAAUUUAGGUUCUCUUAAAACAAAGGCCCCUCAAACCACUUUCCCCACACUCUUUUAGUGUGUCGUAUUUUUUCCUCUCUUUCUCCACAAUUAGGUCUUGGACCGACCCUUUUGUGUAAGUGCAAUGGCCAUGGCUAAGCUUGUAUGUGUUCUGCUUCUGGCAUUCCUUGGCAUUUCCAUGAUCACAACUCAAGUUAUGGCAACAGAUUCUGCCUAUCACUUGGAUGGAAGGAGUUAUGGACCUGGGAGUCUAAAGACCUCACAGUGCCCUUCUGAAUGCACAAGAAGAUGUAGCCAGACACAGUACCACAAGCCGUGCAUGUUUUUCUGCCAAGAAUGCUGCAAAGUGUGCCUUUGUGUUCCUCCUGGCUACUAUGGCAACAAGUCUGUGUGCCCCUGCUACAACAACUGGAAGAACAAGCGUGGAGGACCCAAAUGCCCUUGAAAAUUGAAAUUAUAAACAUGAUUUCACCUACAAUUUUAUAUUACUCAAAGUGGAACUAUAAACUAUAUAUGGCCAUUGCUAUAUGUUUAGGUAUCACCUACUACAAUAGGGUAUACCAUCUUGUUCUCUAUCAUGAAAUUAAUUCAAUUAUUAAUUUAAUGAAAAAACCUAUAUGUUAUUCCCUUUCCUAAACAAAUAUGAGAGGGGUGUUCUCCUGAUUAGUCAAUCAUCUUUGUCAUUGUUCUUUUUGGAGUAUUAUAUAUAGUGAAUUUGGAGUAUUAUAUAUAAUGAAGUUAUUUUAUAA